AUGUCUGUCGUCCCGAUAGCCGGACCGCAUACAAAGGACGCCGCCCACGAGGUCCCCUUUUUCACUGCCCCUACCCCUGCCCGCCUCGACCUCGAGAUGAUGGCGCCAUUCCACGUCCCUCAGUUUUUCGAUCCUCGUGCAAUCAUCAAUAAUGCUACGUCGGCUGUGCAGUCUGCUGUGAUCAGCGUAGCUGCGGGCAAAGCUGAUAGUCCUAUGUACGAGAAAACCGGUGCCGUGGUCGCACAAGCCGCGGUCCCACUCUACCUCGUAGAUGCGCCCGGACAUUUGGAAAAAGGGUUUGAAGGCGUCGCAAAGGCAGGUGGGCGGGCGAUGAUCGAAAUCCAGCUCGUCGCGCGCAAACUGCCUUCGCUCCCGAAGUUUAAGAAACCCUCGCUACCGAAGGUCAAGGCGCCGUCGUUGCCCCAAGUCCAUUUUCCUUCGCCGCCGAAGAUCAAGCUGCCGUCCCCGCCCAAGAUCGAGCUCCCUUCCUUCCCCAAGGUGCACAUGCCUCACAUCCAGAUCCCGAAGAUCCAUCUUCCCUCCCUCCCGCACGUCAAGCUGCCUACUAUCCAUGCGAAGGCAUGGCUCGCCGGCGCGAGCUCCAUCCUUGCCACCGGAGCGAAGAUCGCCGACUGGACGGCGAAGAACAAGACCGCGAUAGCCGGCGUCAUCGGUGGCACCGUCACCGCCGCGAUCGGGCUUCCGCUGCUGAUCGUGGGCGGUCUCCACGUCGUAGGAUUCACGGCGGGAGGCGUCGCUGCAGGCAAGUUGGUCGGGUUGGCAAAAAAUUCCCGCGUAGAGCUGUCGCCGAACGUCUUUUUUUUUUGGUUACGACGGACUCUAGGAUCGCUGGCAGCCGCGAUUCAAGGUACCAUGGGAGGCCUCGUCGCCGCCGGUUCGCCGUUUGCCAUCGCGCAGUGGAUCGGGGCGGUUGGCGUUGGGGCGGUUUUCGGGCCGGUCGCGGGCGCGGUUCUCGUCGGCGGUGUCCUGGUCGGCGGUAUCGUGUUGUUGAAAAAGUAUUUCUUCUGA